AUGGUCGCCAGAGUUCAGCCUGAUCGCAAACAGUUGCCGCUGGUCCUACUGAGGUUGCUCUGCCUUCUUCCCACAGGACUGCCUGUUCGCAGCGUGGAUUUUAACCGAGGCACGGACAACAUCACCGUGAGGCAGGGGGACACCGCCAUCCUCAGGUGUGUCGUAGAUGAUAAGAACUCAAAGGUGGCUUGGUUGAACCGUUCUGGCAUCAUUUUCGCUGGACAUGACAAGUGGUCUCUGGAUCCCCGGGUUGAGCUGGAGAAGCGCCAUUCUCUGGAAUACAGCCUCCGAAUUCAGAAGGUGGAUGUUUAUGAUGAGGGUUCCUACACUUGCUCAGUUCAGACACAGCAUGAGCCCAAGACCUCCCAAGUUUACCUGAUUGUGCAAGUUCCACCAAAGAUCUCCAACAUCUCCUCGGAUGUCACUGUGAAUGAGGGCAGCAAUGUGACCCUGGUCUGCAUGGCAAACGGCCGUCCUGAGCCUGUUAUCACCUGGAGACACCUUACACCUACUGGAAGAGAAUUUGAGGGUGAAGAAGAAUAUCUGGAGAUCCUCGGCAUCACCAGGGAGCAGUCAGGCAAAUAUGAAUGCAAAGCUGCCAACGAGGUCUCCUCAGCGGAUGUCAAACAAGUCAAGGUCACUGUGAACUAUCCUCCCACUAUCACAGAAUCCAAGAGCAACGAAGCCACCACAGGGCGACAAGCUUCACUUAAGUGUGAAGCCUCUGCAGUGCCUGCACCUGACUUUGAAUGGUACCGGGAUGACACCAGAAUAAACAGUGCCAAUGGUCUGGAGAUUAAGAGCACGGAGGGCCAGUCCUCCCUGACUGUGGCCAACGUCACUGAAGAGCACUAUGGCAACUAUACCUGCGUGGCUGCCAACAAGCUGGGGGUCACCAAUGCCAGCCUAGUCCUUUUCAAGCGUGUUUUACCCACAAUUCCCCACCCCAUUCAAGAAAUUGGCACCACCGUGCACUUCAAGCAAAAAGGACCUGGGUCGGUGAGAGGAAUCAACGGAUCCAUCAGUCUGGCGGUUCCACUGUGGCUGCUGGCAGCAUCUCUGCUCUGCCUUCUCAGCAAAUGUUAAUACAAGUUUAAAAAUAAUAAUUAAAAAAAAAAAAAACACACAAGAA